AUGGGAUAUCAAUUUGUGGAAGAAAAGCUUGACAGGUUUUUCAUCUCCUUUGGCUGGCUCUCUCAGCACCCCCUCACCUCUUCUUCUAACAUAGGCAGAAGCUCUUCAGAACACAAUCUUAUUCUGCUAACUGAGUCUCCAUCAACUCCACACCCCCAAAAAAGAUUCCACUUAGACAGAAGGUGGAUUGGUAAAGAAGGAAUUCAUGAAGUCAUAUCUAAAGCCUGGAACACUCAACACUUUGGCACUCCAAUCUUUCAAGUCCAAAGCAAGAUUAAGGAAACCAGAAUCUCUCUUCUGAAGUGGAGCAGAAAUUUCAGAACAGGCUUAAACAAUGUGAAAGUUAGCACCACUCAACUGGAACAACACACACUCUGA